AUGUUACGGGUUUUAAGAAUUAUAGUAAUUUUACAGUUAAUGCUAAGAAAUUGUUCUGCAUCAUCAAGCCUGAUAGAAACAGCUGUGAAUAUUUCAACUACAACCUUCAACCUUCAUUUUACAACUACGGUUAUUUGGAAGCAGAAUGAAUCUGAAUGUGUUACUGGCUUCCUACAAAGCUACCCUGGGUCUGUCGUCCUCAGUCCCUGGGCUACCUACAAUGAUAGUAAGGUUCGCGACAUCAAUGAAACAAUUGGAUUCAAACAAACAAUAUAUUUUGCAACUAACUUGCUUGAAUAUGAAAUUAUAAUGGAGCUCAUAAAUGAAGUCAUACGAUUUCCAAUUCGUUUCAUACUUGUGUUGGAAAAUCCUGUCAAGUCAAUUUCUGAGUUAUCAGCUUUUAUCGAAGUGACCGCAAGGAAUGAUCAAGCAGAUCUAAUCCUGAUAAGUGAAAACGAUGCAGGUGAGGUAUCUCUAUCAACUUUUUUUCCAUACAGUGAGGGACUGUGUGGAAAUUAUACACCUGUAUUUUUAAAAUAUGGCGACGACCUGUGGCCUAAAAAAUUCAGCAACUUCUACCAAUGUCCAAUCAGAACAGCUUUAUUAGAAUAUUUUCCUUACGUCACAGUACACUUUGAAAAGGGCAAAAUUACUUCUGUUGGUGGUUAUGAUGGUAAAAUACUUAUGAUUAUUCUGAAGAAGUUAAAUGCAUCUCUAGAAGUAACAUCUGCGUACAACAACGUAUUUGGAACGUACGUGAAUGGAACAGCAACUGGCUCCAUCGGUGACCUGGCGACUGAGAAAGCUGAUAUACUUAUUCCAGCUGACAUUCUUACAGAGAAAAGGUAUACCGUGACUUUACCGUCUCAUACUUAUCACACUGUAGACAUCCGCUGGGUUGGACCUAAGCAGCGGGAAGUUUAUGAUUGGCUUAAAUUCAUAAUUCCAGAUAAAACCAACUUUACUUAUCUUCACUUGUUGGUAUACAUAUUAUUUGUUCUUGUAGCCAUGUUGGUAAGAAAAUGUAAGCCACAUAUGACUAGUGCUACCAACCGUAUCCUCUACCAAUCAUUUAUCAUACUUCUGGGGCAGUCAGCAAGAUUUGUAACUAAGUCUUGGCUUCUCAAUUCUCUUUUCGUUCUCUGGAUUUGGUUUUGCUUCUUUUUUCGUAUUGAUUACCAAGCAGAUCUCGUGGAUGCCUUACAGACUCUGGAUUUAGAACCUCCAUUUGAAUCGAUUGAAGAAGCAGUAACGAAAGUAGAUGGUUACGGCGGCGUUGAAGUGGUGGUUGAUUAUUAUAAAGAUACACCUUUAGAACGUAACUAUAAAGUGAUACCAAUGAAUGAACUGAAAAAUUAUAUUCGACGUAUCGUUGAAGGUGAGAAUUUUAUUCUAGCUACAGACAUAGCGUUGGUUAAACUUUUGGAGCCCUAUGUUCAGAUUUUGAAGAAACGAAUAAGUGCGACUGGUGCUUGUUUUUACAUGCGUCCCGGUUGGCCGGCAGCUAAAGAUGUUGAUGACGUAAUUUUUAGCCUGGUUGAAGCUGGAUUCAUAGAAAACCUCCUUAGCGAUAAUAACAACCAUAGAUGGAUUGUAAAUAGGAUGAAUGCUGAUGAUGUAUUGCAACCAAAAAGCUUAAGUGUGGAGAAAUUGAGCACGUGCUUCUAUGGGUUAGGGAUUAUGUGGCUCAUUUGUUUUAUUAUAUUAUUAAUUGAAAUUGUGCAUCACAACAAACACAAUAAUAAGUAA